UGCCCCAAACAAGCUUUCAACUCCCCCCCAGAACAGCAUCCGAUAUUCCAUGCCACCUCCCAGGGACCCCAAACGAACCCCGAAUCACCCUGGCGAAAUGACAGGUCACAGUGUGUGCGAAGCCGAGAAAUAUCCCGCCGCGGUCGAGCUCCCCGCCGACUCUGAAACACCACCACACCUGGCGGCGGCGGCUUCUUCCCCUGAUCUUCAGCCAGGAGACUACAACCCCUGUGUGGGCGCAAAACCCUCCUCACCCUUUUAUCGCCAUGCCACCCCCUCCGUGAACAUCAAUCGCCUGAAGGUGGACAGCGAGAAACCCCAGCCUAACGUCCAGCAGCGCUACAGUUCCCCCGUCAUCCCCGCGAGCCCGCCCAUGUUCAACGUAUCCGCCCUGGAGUCGGGCAGCCGUCAUGAGUCGACGUCGAAUCUCUGGGGGCAACCGAAGCGGCACUGCGGGUGCAUGAAUCGGCUGAGCCGCAAGCAGCGCAUCGUGGCCAAAGGCGCGAUUGCCGUGGUGAUCCUGGGAACCAUGAUUGCGAUCGCGGUGGGAAUUACCGUCGCGGUGGGAGGCGCCGUGUGGAGGUCGGAUCACCGACAGGAGGUAAUCGGCUGAGGAUGAUACAGAGGUAUGUUGACUACGGUCUCAUGGAAGGCGCGCGAAAUUGCUAAUUAAGUAGAUCAGCAGGACCAACCUUGCGUUGUCCCUCUCUGUCGAUACUUCCACCGACCAUUCUCGGUUGUGAUACAAGUACCUCAAACAAAC